AUGAAGCUCAGAUCACUGUCUGAACAAUCCAAGCUAAGUGAUAACCCCUAUGAAUUGAGGAAUCACUGGACUGAAUUCAUCAGAUGGAUGACAUCCGAAGUCUUCAAGCUGAAAGGCCUCUCUGAACAAGUCAGAAAUGACUACGUCAGAGACGCUGAGGUGAGGCUAGAGGGUUGUCUGGCCAGAGAAGUUAAAGAUAAAGCACGCAAGGAAGCUGAAGAAAGGGCAAGACUAGAAGCUGAAGAGCAAGCUAUAAAAGAAGCCGAAGAAAAAGUUGGCGUUGAAGCUGCUUCUAUUGAAGCUGAAGCCAAAGCCAAGGCUGAUGCUGAAGAAGCAACACACAUUGUUGCGGAAGAAGCUGCCAAGGCAAAGGAAGUGGCCCUAACUCAGGGUGAGACCUCUAACUCGGAUCUAGCUCCACUGGUGCUCAAGACUCUGAUAGAUCUCCAGAAGGAACAACAAAUUGUAAAGGCCAGAAUGGAUCAAUAUGACUCUGUUAACUCCAGUAUUCAGAAUCUCCUGACUCAACUACUUCAGAGGAUGCCGCCUCCUCUUAACCCUUAG